ACAUUUGAAGUGACAUUUGACACAUUAAAGUAAUAUAGAAACAAAUGUUAAAAUUAUCAAAUACUUCUAAUAUCCUACAUUACUUUACGAAAGUAUUCACUAACGUAAAACGCUAUAAAAUGGAGCAAGCUUCUAUGAUCGAAUUUGUCAAAAAAUGUAUCCCCACACUGGAUGACAAAAAGCACAAAGGGCAAGCAGGUCGAAUAGGUAUCGUAGGAGGUUCAAUGGAGUAUACAGGAGCUCCAUAUUUUGCUGGAAUCAGUGCUUUAAAAGUUGGGGCUGAUUUGGUGCAUAUCUUCUGUACUUCUUCUGCAGCUAUAGUAAUUAAAUCUUAUAGUCCUGAACUUAUAGUACAUCCGUUGCUAGACAAAGAUAAUGCUAUAGUCACAGUAUCACCUUGGUUAGACCGACUACAUGCUGUAGUGAUAGGGCCUGGCUUAGGAAGAGAGCCUAAUAUAUUUGAUGUUGUUGCAGAACUAAUUAAAAUUAUUGAAGACAAAAAAAUUCCAUUAGUUAUUGAUGCAGAUGGUCUUUUCCUAAUUUCAAAUAAACCAGAAUUACUUAAAAAUUUCUCAUCACCUGUAAUAUUAACACCUAAUAAGAUAGAGUAUGAUAGACUUUGUAAUAGCAUUGGAGAAUUUAAUCAACAAGGGAGUAACAUUGUUAUAUUGAGAAAAGGUUGUAUGGAUGAACUAUAUAGUUCAGAAAUUGAAGUUCAAUGGAAAUUCAAUUUAGGAGGAUCUGGACGAAGAUGUGGAGGACAGGGGGAUCUCUUGUCAGGAUCCAUAGCAACUUUUUUGCAUUGGAUGUUAGAAAACAUUAAUGCAAUUGACAUUCAAAAAGAGCACAAAAACUUAACUGCUGUUUCAUUGUCUUGUUUUGCUGCUUCCAUUUUAAUUAGAAAAUGCAAUGAGAAAACAUAUAAAAUUAAAGGUCGCAGCAUGUUAGCCAGUGACAUGAUUGACCAUUUACAUGAAGCAUUUGAAGAACUUUUUGGUAAAUAAAUAAUAUCACCAAACUAUUUGAAUACUAUUAUUUUUUUUAUAAGUAUGUUUUAUACUCUAGUGUUGACAAUAAUGUUAAUCUCUUAAUAAAUAUACCUCUAGCAAUCUGUUCAGACAAAA